AUGAUUACACCCACAGUACGCAAAAGUACUUCCCCACUCGAAGCACUCCACCACGCCCUUCUCGAGCAAAUGGUACGUCUUGGACCCUCAUCUCGUGCAAGAUAUCCCGCUCCUCCCUGA